AUGAAGAAGAAAAUGUUUAAAAUUAACAGUCACCUUUAACUAUCAUUCAGUCUCUUCUAAGUAGAACAAUUGUGGAAGAGUUUAUUCUCCAGCCAACAGGCUAACAAUAAAAAAAGCAGGAUUGGAAAAGUUAAUUCAUUUGGCUUUGAUAUAUAUUUAAUGUUACUUUGUAUAGAAAUUAUAUUAAAAAUCAAUUCUUGA